AACUAGACUCGGUGGGAGAGUGGGUGAGUUCUGGAUAUCAUAGUAUUUGAACUAGACUCGGUGGGAGAGUGGGUGAGUUCUGGAUAUCAUAGUAUUUGAACUAGACUCGGUGGGAGAGUGGGUGAGUUCUGGAUAUCAUAGUAUUUGAACUAGACUCGGUGGGAGAGUGGGUGAGUUCUGGAUAUCAUAGUAUUUGAACUAGACUCGGUGGGAGAGUGGGUGAGUUCUGGAUAUGAUAGUAUUUGAACUAGACUCGGUGGGAGAGUGGGUGAGUUCUGGAUAUCAUAGUAUUUGAACUAGACUCGGUGGGAGAGUGGGUGAGUUCUGGAUAUCAUAGUAUUUGAACUAGACUCGGUGGGAGAGUGGGUGAGUUCUGGAUAUCAUAGUAUUUGAACUAGACUCGGUGGGAGAGUGGGUGAGUUCUGGAUAUCACAGUAUUUGAACUAGACUCGGUGGGAGAGUGGGUGAGUUCUGGAUAUCACAGUAAUUGAACUAGACUCGGUGGGAGAGUGGGUGAGUUCUGGAUAUCACAGUAUUUGAACUAGACUCGGUGGGAGAGUGGGUGAGUUCUGGAUAUCACAGUAUUUGAACUAGACUCGGUGGGAGAGUGGGUGAGUUCUGGAUAUCACAGUAUUUGAACUAGACUCGGUGGGAGAGUGGGUGAGUUCUGGAUAUCACAGUAUUUGAACUAGACUCGGUGGGAGAGUGUGUGAGUUCUGGAUAUCAUAGUAUUUGAACUAGACUCGGUGGGGAAAAUGUUUCUGCAGGCGGAUGGGUCUGCUUGGUUUUAAAGACUGCAAAACCAGGGUGAAAUUAGAGAACGAGAAAUUUACUGAAAAGAGAAAGAAUGAGUUGGAGUUGUAAUAUGGAAACAAAGAAGAACACGAAAUGCAAUCGUCCAUCCAGUUAGUUGGUCUUCAGUUCAGUAAUUUGCUGUGAUCCUAGUAAGAAACUACUUCCCCACCAGUGGACGUCCCCACGGUGAUUGACAGGAACAUCAGAAGCAGGGGGAGGUAAGGAGGAGAGUUGAAGGAGAAAACAGAUCUCACGGAGCUUGGCAUCCGUUGUAUGGCGUUGCGGCUUCAAGCGCCAACCCUCGCAGAACAUUGCGACAUAGUGAGUCAUACAAUGCUACACCCAUGGGAUCAAUUAAAAAUCUUCACCAGGUUAUGGUUGGCAGAUCUGACAAAGAUAUUUUUAGACUUGAGAGAUCGUUUACUUUCCCUUGUCGCAAGACAUGGGUGGGGAUUGGACAUACACUGUCUGGUAAUGGCUUCACAUUACAAGUCCGAAAUCAACAUGGUACAUCCACCCUUGAACACACACCACAAGUGGAAGUAGAAGAUUUAUCUUCUUGCGAGAAUGAGAUGGACAAAAGUUUACUUGAAGAGGUAGACAAAUGUGAAAGCGUAAUUGGUCAAAAUAUAUUUCAUAUUGAACUUGAGAGUUCAUGUGAAAUGAACCAAAAUCAAAAUGCUUUGAACAUGGAACUAUCAUUCAGCACUGAAGUAGAUCAUGAUUAUCUGGUGUUACAACAAGAGGUUGGAUCAACAGACUGGCGAGAUAUCACCAAUCAAUGCAAAACAAGGGAAAAUGGCAAAAAUAUUGAAAUACCAGUUAAAAAGUCCUCAAGAGUUUGGGUUAUUCGCUUAAAAAAAGGCUUUGGCAAAGUGAAGUAUAACAUAUUAAAAUUAUUUUGUGGUGAAGUCCUGUUUCAUAUUUUGGUCUAUUAUUGUUUUAAUGAGAAGCAGAAGAAUGUUGAUGUGCGGAUAAUUGGAAUAAGCGAUGAACUUUAUCAGAACCCGACACAGCAAGGAGAACCAGAGACUAUUGCUGAAAAGGAAAAGUUUGUGAAAGGAAAAGAGUGUGUAGCGAAGCAACUGUUGAGGAAAGGAACUCUAAAUGUUGGCCUUUAUAAAAGCGAUGAAUGUGUGAAUGAAGAAAACUUUGAUAUGGGAAGAAAUUCUAUUAAGAAAAGUGCAGAGUGGUUUGAUUUUAGUUUUGAUCUAGAGAAUCUCAAUCACAGUAUGGAAGUCAAGGUCAAAGAUGAUAAUGAAACUCUUUGGCGUGUCAAAUUGAAUAAAAUACUGAACGAUGUUGUCAAUGAGCAAACUGAUGCCUGUAAACAACCAAUUGUCCAAAUAACGAAACCAGAGCUACAUUCAGUUGAUGAUGAAGUCCGUGAAUGUCACAUUCCAUGGUUAGCACAUCAUUUAAACAGGGAUGUAGAAAAAUGUGCCAUGCUACUGAUGGUUGAUUCAAAUGAGAUUGAAAGAAUUAAACAACAAUACGAAGAUGUGGAAAAAAGAAAAAUUGAAAUACUUCUUUCUUGGAGGAAGCAAGCACUAAAUAGUGAAUAUAAACCUAAAUGGAAUGACAUUAUUGAAGUUAUUAAGAGUGAAGAUGUGAGACGGUUUGACGUCAUCCGUGCUCUUUUGGGCAAGGAGGAGAUUAGUGACAAAGUUUUGUUGUGGAUUGCACGUCGUUCUGCCAGGUUUUUUGAACUGUUUGUCCAGUAUCUGGGUGUCAAAGACUAUGAAGUAGAAAUGGCACAUCACAAUUCUGAUGGCUGUGAAGAGAUGAAACGUAUGAGUGUGAUGAAAAGAUGGCGAGAAAUAUCUGAAGAACCAACAGUCGAAGAUUUGAUUAAAGCUUUAGAAAGUGACAUUGUACAGCAGAAACAACUGGCUCAAGAAAUGAAGAAAGCCUUCUGUCAAACGGAAAACAUGCCAAGAGCAGAGGCGGCAGCUACCUCAAAUACCCAAACAACUGUAUUAUAACAACUCUGCAACAGGUCUCUGGAGAUACAGUCAAUAAAUCAUGACCUGUUGCAGCAGUGUUGCUAGUUUUAGAACUUUUUAAUAGUUGGUUAUUAACCCAAUUUCUUUAAUUCUAGCCAAGCUAGUGGAUACUCAGAUCUAAGUUUUUAAAAUGAUUUGAUAGCCAAUUCAUGCAGGAACAAGAGUAUGGAAUAUUUUUGGAAGAUUUAAAUAUCUUAUUAGUAUUACCAAGACCAAGGCAUAGCCACGCCCAUGAUUAUGCAUCUAAGAUUGUAUAUAUCGCAAAUAUAUGUGUCACAUUUAAAAAUACCAUGAAAAUACUUAUUUUAACUUAAAAUAUGUAUAUUUUGAUGUAUGUUAUAAUUUGUAUUUUGUAUUUAGUAAUACAUUGAAUUUA